AUGGAGCUGGGAAAAGUUCACCUGAACCUGAAGACUCUGCUGCUGACCAUGAUGAUGUUCAAAUGGGGAAUCCUGUGUAACGCCACGUCAGACAGUUGUUUGUCCGCCCCCUGUCAGAACGGAGCUUCCUGUGUGGACAACUUGGACGACUACGCCUGCAUCUGUCCCAGAGGGGAGGUCAGAUUCAUGGGUAAGAACUGUGAUGAACCCUACGACGCCUGCUCCUUCGCUCCAUGUGAGAACUGCACCAGCGUCCCGGGCACCACCGAGUACCACUGCACCUGUCCGGAGGGUCUGACAGGUGAUAACUGCACUGAGGAGGUGAACGAGUGUGAGAGUAACCCGUGUUCUGAGCCUCGCUCGCUGUGUGUGGACCGACUGAACGGAUACUUCUGCAGGUGUCCUGAAGGUUACGGAGGACGGGACUGCAGGACUCAUGUGACAGACUGUAUCGAUGAACCGUGCAGGAACAACGGGACCUGCGUACUCAGACCGGAGGGGUUUGAGUGUCACUGUGCACCCGGGUUCGAGGGAAACACCUGCGAGGAGGACGUGAAUGAGUGUUCAUCAGAGCCCUGUCAGAACGGAGCUAUAUGUGUGGACGGAAUGGCAGAGUUCCACUGCUUCUGCGUGCCCGGGUUUCAGGGUUAUAACUGUGAGAUCGACAUCAACGAGUGUGCAUCACGACCCUGUGAGAACAACGCCACCUGCAUCAACGAGAAGGACCACUACGAGUGUGAGUGCCUGCUGGGAUUCGCAGGAAUAAACUGCGAGCUGGAGAUCGACGAGUGUGAGUCAAGUCCCUGCCGUAACAGAGCGACCUGCCACGACCUCAUCGGCAUGUACACCUGCGAGUGUCCUCCCGGGUUCGAUGGCGUCGACUGUGAGGUGGACGUUGAUGAGUGUGCCAGUGAGCCCUGUCAGAACGGAGCAGUGUGUCAUGACAUGGUCAACAGCUAUGAAUGUGACUGCAGUGAAACCGGAUUUGAGGGCGACCACUGUGAGCUGGACAUCCCUGAGUGUGCUUCCGAUCCCUGUCAGCACGGGGCCACAUGUGUGGAGGGAGUCAACGGAUACGCCUGCCUCUGCUGGCCAGGUUACGAAGGACCAAACUGUGAGGUGGAUAUAGACGAGUGUGCUGAGCGGCCCUGUGAGAACGACGGGGAGUGUUUCGAGCGCUCAGAUCCGUCUCACUGGGAGCUGGACUGGGAGCUGAGCUUCUCAGACGCUGCCGGAUACAUCUGCCAGUGUCAGCCGGGCUUUGCAGGAGAGAACUGUUCGGUCAACAUCGAUGAGUGUGAGUCUGAACCCUGUCAGAACGGAGGAACCUGUGAAGACAAAAUCAACGGGUACACCUGCACAUGCUCAGAGGGAUUCCUAGGUGAGCUGUGUGAGGUGAACAUCGAUGAGUGUGAGAGUCAGCCCUGUCAGAACGGAGGCUGGUGUGAGGACGGCAGAGCCUCCUACACCUGUCACUGCCCGGAGGCGGAGCCAGGUGAGCUCCCCUGGGGGGGCGACCACUGCGAGCUGAAACUGUCCGGCUGUGUGGACCACGAGUGUCAGAACGGAGCCACCUGCUUACCCAGGCUGGAGGACGGAGAACAUGUCCACACCUGUUUGUGUCACCACGGUUACUAUGACGACCAGUGCUCCACCAGAACCACCUUCUCUUUCUCCUCACCUGGGUUUGUCCACAUCCAGGUGGUGCUGGAGGAGCGGAGGCGCAGGGAGGUGGAGCACCAGGGUCACCAUGGUUAUGGGGUCCAGCUCAGGUUCAGGACUACCCUCCCCGACAUGCUGCUCGUCUUCAGAGGAGAUGAGGACACACACCUCCUGCUGGAGAUCGUGGACGGGGGUCUACGUGCUAGAGCAUCCUCUGAGGACACUGACCUGGACGUGUCAUUUCCUGGUCUGGUCAGUGACGGAGACUGGAGGGAAGCUCAUGUGUUUUUGGAUGAGGGCAGUCUGGUUCUGGUUCUGAAAGGUCCUGGCUGUGACAGGGACGGGUGCCGGGUCACAGAUGGAGGUGCUGAUGAACCCCCCUUCCAGCCCUCUGAGGCCUUCUCUCAGGUGUAUGUGGGUGGAGCGCCAGAGGAGCUUUUAGAGAACUCUGUGAGCUCUAGAGGUUUCAUCGGGUGUAUGGAGGACCUGAUGAUCGACUCCAAGCCCAUACUGCCUCAAAACCUCCCCGAGGACCACGGCCACGAGCUCGGCUGCAGUAAGACAGAGUGGUGCGAGCCAGACCCCUGCAGUGGACAUGGACUCUGUGUUGACCUGUGGACCAGCUACCAGUGUGACUGCUACAGACCGUUUCACAGUGAGAGCUGCAUCCAAGAGUUUCCUUCAUGGACGUACAGCCACGAGGACACGAAGAGUUUCAGCUCCUACGACGUGUCAAAGAAUCACGGCAGCAGCUUCAACGUCUCCUUCUUCCUGAGGACUUUAAAGACGGAGGGGCUCCUGUUCCAGAUGAGGAGGUCCUCGGAGGAGGAAGGGCAGGCGUUCUUCUCUAUAUACCUGGGGAUGGGCAGGGUGUUGGUCAGCUCGCUUCCUAACAGCUCGCCCCUCACAGCUCCGGUGUUUGUGAGCAGCGGGGAGAAGACAAUGCUGCAGGUGGAGGUCAGACAGAGACAGGUGAUCUUUGAACACGCAGGGCUCAGGUACGGCAUUGGGGAGAUCCCUGAGGUGGAGGUGCACACCGGGGAUCAGGUCUAUGUAGGAGGACUACCGGCAGACCUGGACUCUGAUACCUGGGGGGGGCAUUACAAAGGGUGCCUGCAGGACCUGCGUCUGGACUCGGUGCACCUGGACGUGGACGCCUGGAACAGCUCAGAGGAGGAGGAGGUGUAUUUGCCGAGUGAUGCUGAGAACGUGAAGACGGGAUGCAUCAGUGAUGACACCUGCAAGGAGACACCUUGUCAUCACGGAGGAGAGUGCGUCAUCACAUUUAACGACUUCACAUGCACGUGUCCGGAGGAGUUCAGGGGAAAGACUUGUGAAACACGCGUGUGGUGUGUGAGCGGUCCGUGUGUGAACGGAGGACACUGUGUGGACCUUCACGAUGGAUACGAGUGUGUGUACAACGCCACGUUCGAGAACAACCCGGUUCAUUACAGCGCUGCGGGCUCCCUGUCUGAGCCAGUCUCUGACAUCUACGUGGAGCUGAGGACUCGCUCAGAGAACGCCAUCCUCCUCAGAGCGACCUCUGGGUCAGACCUGCUCCUGGUGGGUCUGCUGGACUCUUCGGUGCAGGUGGAGAUCCACGCGGGGAACAGUGUGGAGACCCUGACCUUCACGGGGGUGCGGCGGGUGGCCGACGGGAGCUGGCACCGUGUGAACAUCUCGCGGGCCGAGCGUGGCCGCAAAACGUCUCCGUGGGUCAUCACGGUGGACGGGAUCACAGACGCCAGCAGCCUGCCGCAGCGGACGGGAAGUUUGCGGUUCCUAAACGAGAAGGGGGCCAUGGUGGCGGUCGCAGAGAGCUUCACCGGGUGUCUGGGUGCAGUCCGGGUGGGCGGGAUCUACCUGCCCUUUGUGGACGAUUAUAAACCCCCUCAGAGAUCUCAGUUCCACCUUCAUGGUAAACCACAGAUCCACUUGGGCUGCAGCAGCGCUCCUGUGUGUGCAUCCGGCCCGUGUCUGAACGGGGCCACCUGUGAAGACCUGUUCAACAUGUUCAGGUGUGUGUGCGACCUGGGCUGGGGGGGGGAGCAGUGUGAGACGGACGUGGAUGAGUGUGCGUCUCAGCCCUGCGUGCACGGCAGCUGUAAGGACUACUUAGCCGGGUUUGAAUGUCGGUGUCACCCCGGGUACGACGGCACGCUGUGCGAGAAGGAUGUGGACGAGUGUGAGCAUCACUCCUGUGAACAUGGAGGCACCUGUCAGGACGGAACCAACACCUACACCUGCACCUGCCCCCAGGACUACAGAGGCCCCCGCUGCCAGUGGAGCUAUCCUCCGCUUCAGUGCGGUGAAGACGUCCAGUGUGCAAACGAUGGGAUCUGCACUGACGGGCUGUGGGGGGCAAACUGCACCUGCAUGCCCGGUUUUACUGGAAGCAGGUGUGAGCUGGAGAUCGAUGAGUGCGAGUCCAACCCGUGCAGAAACGGCGGCUCCUGUUUGGAUCGAUUCAACAUGUUCGUGUGUGAAUGUCUGCCCGGUUACAGCGGUCCAAUCUGUGACACCAACAAACAGGCCCACUAUCAGGGCGUCCCCUGGCUGCUGGUGGCCAUCCCGCUGCUCUGCUGCUGCGUGCUCAUCCUCAUCAUUGGCCUGACCUUCAUGGUGCUAACAGCGAGGAAGAAGCGUCAAUCUGAGGGUGCGUACAGCCCCAGCACGCAGGAGCUGGCGGGGGCUCGGCUGGAGAUGGACAGCAUGCUGAAGGUCCCCCCCGAGGAGAGACUCAUCUGAAACACAGACUGACACAUGAGGGACUCUCAGAGAGGAUGUGAGUGCUGCGGCACGCUGCACCAGACUCACAGUGACACCUUCACAUCCUCUGUACACCUGGGCUCCACUGAAGGAAGUACGAGACGCAGGAUAGAGCCCCCCCUGCUGGCAGUCAUUAGGUACAGCAGGCCCACUGCUGCUGUGAAUGUGCUGAUAAUCAUGUAGGUGCUUCAACUGAGGAAAUCAAAUUGUUUGCACUGCAGAAACUCUCUGACAUGACACUAAGACAAUCAACUCUGAAAGUCUAAAUGCUGUAUCUUGCCUAUUGCAGUUUUUUUUAUAAUCUGGACUUCAGGACAUUUAUAGGGCUUCAUCUCAAGACUCACUGCACAGACAAUCAAGAGAAACUGGCUGGAAGUGUUUCCACUGUCAGAAGAUGUUGGUGCAACUCUGUAGAAAUAGUCAAACCAACACAAGACUAACAAGCUGCAGCUCCUCUACAGGCCACUAGAGGCUGACUCUGAGAAGUGUCUGACUUUUGGACUGAUUUGAAAAAUGCUCAACAGGACCAGCACGUGUUAUCUUUCUACUUUUGUGCAUUUUGUUGGUGAAAUAAUGUUUCACUGCAAACACACGACAGCAAUUUGACUAAAUUGACUCAUUCUUUUUUAAUAUGCACGACAAGAGCACAAGUACAAAAAAAAGUGCUUCUUAAAAACACGGCUGUUAAUAUAAACAGUAAAGUGCAUCUAUGUUCAGAGAACUCAAACAUAUUUAAAUGAAGAAAUGAGAGAGAGAGAGAUGAAUCUUCUCUGUGCUCGAUGUUUAUAUUUGACGAUUGUUGACGCUUUUUGUUUCCUCGUUCUCAGAGCAGCCUGAUGUUUGCACAGCUGUUUCUCCGUUACCGCCUGUACAGUUUGUAUAUUUAUGUUUAUUCUGUGUCUGAACUUCUGCAGGAUUUUGAGUGUUUUACUGUUAGUGCUUCACAAAGGGAGUCUCUGCUCGUGUUCGUCUCCGCCUCUCCGGUAGCAGCUUCACUCCGAUCUGUUGCAGCCGGGGUGUCAACGAACCUCCUCUGCUGAGCGUCCCGGGAGCAGAUGUUUUGAAUGUAAAGAUAAAAUAAAUACUGAGAAGAUAAAAAAAAGAAGAAGCUAUCCUUGAUUGUAGAUUGAGGGAAAAACAACAUAUCCUGUAACACACUGUAGUGUGACCAACAUGAUGCACUCUUUUAAGUCUUUUUUUAAACAAAUGUGAACUCUGAGUCAGAGUGUAGGUCUCUGCUGCACAGCGUCACUGUCGUCUUUGUUUCUGUGUUCAUGAUCCAACAUGUUUCAUUCAUAAUGUUUUAUAAACCUGCAAUAAAGCAACACUGACUCUGA